AUGACUUUUCUGACCCAUCCGAACCAGAAGCGAUUAGCUUGCGAGCGAUGCCGGCGGCAAAAGCUGCGAUGUUCCCGCCUGGACGCUGACGAGGCACGUUGUUCGCGAUGUGCGAGGUUGGGUUUCUCUUGCGUUGCUGGUCAGCAGCGACGGAUCGGCCGGCCUUCGCGAGGCAAGCCCAAGGAGACGCCGGCCUCAAAUAAUGAUAGCGACGAUCCGAUGAAUACUUCAACAGACAAACAGAUCCAGACUGAGACUCCCGAUAGCCUAUUUAAUGAUUUCACAAUAACAGAGGAGUCAUCUGCGGCAACAUCACAAGCUACGGCGGCGAUGCUAGGAGAUGAAGUUGACGAUGAUGCACUCCUCGGUGACUUUUCAUGGGGUGAAACGGCGCUGGAUUUUGACGCUGUCGAGAAUAUUACUGAGUCGCCGGGUGCCAACAUCGCGCAGCGGCUGGUUAUAAGCCCCGACAUUCAACACAAAGCGAUGGUCAAGCUAUCGAAAAUCAACGUUGAACUCCACUCCCAUAUGUCCAAGGUCAAUCUCCACAGAGACAGCCUUGACCUGUGCUCGUUUAUCUGCGCGAAACCCAUCUUGAGCGUUGCCAACGUCACUGUUGCCGAGCUCGCUCUGAUCUUGUUCCAGGAUUUCGUUAGGGUUGUCUCGUCUCUGGGCAAAGAAAUCAGGAGCUCGGAAGAUUUGUUAACCCUGAAAAACAACCGCACUCUUCCGCCUUUGUCAUGGGAUGCAUGCAGCGAGGUGCCGGCCACGUUCGACUUAAUCAUGCUCCCAGAUGACAACCCACUACAACUACCUGUUGCACAUUCCGCCAGGCCUAUUGCAACAGAGGUAGUCGAUGCACCUCUCGCUUUAGUAAUUACAAGCUGCUACAUUCAGAUUAUCCAACUGUUCGAGGUCAUCUGCUUGCACAUCCACAGAAGACUCGAGUCCCUGGCAGAAGACCCGUUAAUGCCGAUUGAGGGUCUCAAGUUUGGCGCAUUCUCCAUUGGAGACGGCAACCUUCAGGGAGUUAUCUUCACCCAGAUCAUCACCAGCUUGCUGGACACGUCAGAACGCCUGCUUGGCCUGUCAACAACCACGCAUCACACUCUAUCGCACGCCGCAGUCAUGUCCGCGCAGCAGGGAGCUAUUCUUCGUGACCAACUUCGUCCAGCCGGGCUUGGCUAUGUGAUGCGGUCGGAGAAGCUGAGGGGUGAUAUUGAAUACAUGAGGAGGUGUCUGACGGAGGCUUCCGGUGUAGCAGUAUGA